CUUCUCUGCCUCUUUCCUCUCUUCCCUUUCCUUCCCCUCCAAACUAAACCUUCCUCCUUUUCUCCAUCAUCCUCUAGGCAGUUGGUUCUUCCUGACUGUACAUAUAUCCACCACCUCCCCCCUCCUCUAUUCUUCCACCUCUUCCAUAUCUCCUUCUCCAGAGUUCAUACCCCCCACUAUUUCAUCAUGGCUGACCAAGCUGUCGCCCGUCUCGCCGGCAUCAAUGUCGGCGCUCCGGCGCGUCCUUUGCCUAGUGCUGAUUUCGGUCUCAUCGGUCUGGCCGUUAUGGGUCAGAACCUGAUCCUUAACGCUGCUGACCACGGCUUCACUGUUUGCGCUUACAACCGCACAACCUCCAAGGUUGACCGCUUCCUUGAGAAUGAGGCCAAGGGCAAGCCCAUCGUUGGUGCCCACUCCGUUGAGGAGUUCUGCGCCAAGCUGAAGCGCCCCCGUCGUAUCAUGCUCCUGGUCAUGGCUGGAAAGCCCGUUGACCAGUUCAUCGAGUCUCUCCUGCCCCACCUUGAGAAGGGUGAUAUCAUCAUUGACGGCGGUAACUCCCACUUCCCCGACAGCAACCGCCGCACCAAGUACCUCGCCGAGAAGGGCAUCCGCUUCGUCGGCAGCGGUGUCUCCGGUGGUGAGGAGGGUGCCCGUUACGGCCCCUCUCUCAUGCCCGGUGGUAACGAGGAGGCCUGGCCCUACAUCAAGGACGUCUUCCAGAGCAUCUCCGCCAAGAGCGACGGCGAGGCCUGCUGCGACUGGGUUGGUGACGAGGGCGCUGGUCACUUCGUCAAGAUGGUCCACAACGGUAUUGAGUACGGUGACAUGCAGCUGAUCUGCGAGGCCUACGACAUCCUCAAGCGUGGUCUGGGUCUCCCCGCCAAGGAGAUUGCCGAUGUGUUCGCCAAGUGGAACAAGGGUGUUUUGGACUCUUUCCUGAUUGAGAUUACCCGUGACGUCCUUUACUUCAACGACAACGACGGCACUCCCCUCGUCGAGAAGAUCCUCGACAAGGCUGGUCAGAAGGGUACCGGCAAGUGGACUGCCAUCAACGCCCUUGACCUUGGCAUGCCCGUCACUCUGAUCGGCGAGGCUGUCUUCUCUCGCUGCCUGUCUGCCCUCAAGGACGAGCGUAUCCGUGCCAGCAGCCUUCUCGACGGCCCUACCCCCGAGUUCACCGGUGACAAGCAGGCUUUCAUCGAUGACCUCGAGCAGGCCCUGUACGCCUCCAAGAUCAUCUCCUACGCCCAGGGCUUCAUGCUCAUCCAGGAGGCUGCUCGUGAGUACGGCUGGAAGCUGAACAAGCCCUCCAUUGCCCUCAUGUGGCGUGGUGGUUGCAUCAUCCGCUCCGUCUUCCUCAAGGACAUCACCAACGCUUACCGCAAGAACCCCGACCUCGAGAACCUCCUGUUCGACGAGUUCUUCAACACCGCCAUCAAGAAGGCCCAGAGCGGCUGGAGAAACGUCGUCAGCAAGGGCGCUCUCUGGGGUAUCCCCACCCCCGCUUUCAGCACUGCCCUCAGCUUCUACGACGGCUACCGCACCCGCGACCUCCCCGCCAACCUGCUGCAGGCCCAGCGUGACUACUUCGGUGCCCACACCUUCCGCAUCAAGCCCGAGCACGCCAACGAGACCUACCCUGAGGGCAAGGACAUCCACGUCAACUGGACUGGACGCGGUGGUAACGUGUCUGCGUCCACCUACAUUGCCUAAAUGAAAAUGCGAUGUAAAACGCUGGACGUGGAGCCUCGCACUGGUCUAGCAUGGGAACAGGCUGGGCUAGAAUCAGGAGAGUUAGCUAGCCGGGCUCCCCUGAGCACAUAAACAAGAAUGAUGACGAUCAAAACGACCAGCAAAACAGGAAAUGAAUUUCUAUUAUAUUUCUAUUAACAUGUAUCUAGAUGUUUAUUUUCUUUUCUUUUUUUCUUUUUUUUUUGAGGGGAAAAACGUAUGGAAUGAAAUAGUCUUACGUUUCUUUUCACAAAGUCUUCCCUACUGUAGUCUUUCAGUAAAAUGAUUUAUAAUAAGUAGUUUUGAAGAAAAUGUAGUUAUUG